GGGGGUUAUGUUGAUCAGAGACAACUCGACGCCGUACACGCUGGAACGCGUCGAGCCGGCCAUUCAAGUCGCCAUCAACAUGGUCAACUCUGAAAUUCUCAACUCCAGCUAUAGACUGGUACCCGUCCUCAGGGCGUACGACAACGAGUGUAGCGCGCGCAACGGAACAGGGUUUGCGUCCCAGUUAUUCUUUACGGAACAUAUCUCCGCCAUGAUUGGUCCCGCGUGUUCACUUGCUUUGGACGGAGUGGCGCGUUUGGCUGGAUACUGGAACAUCCCAAUAAUAACUGGUGUUGGCGCCUCCGGGAUCUUCGCCGGAAGUGACGUCUACCCGACGUUGACGAGGUUCGCGUACUGCCAGUGUCACGUGCGCCGCGUCCUGUCGGCCAUAUUCCGCAAGUACAACUGGUCGGAGAUCAGUGUGUUGGUGGACGUGAGCCACCAACAGAACCUCGUCCUCGGCAACUCCCUCCGAGACGGCCUGCAGAAGGAGGACAUCCGGCCCAACGUCAUCGACUACCACAUAGACCAGCCGAAGGAGAAAACAGUGGAAUAUAUCAGAGCACAUUCCAGAAUUAUUAUUUUCGCCAUGAGUGGUGAUACGCUGAGAGAAUUUUUAUUGAAGUUCUACGAGUUGGGUUAUAUCAGCACCGGCGAGUACGUCUUCUUCGACAUACUUCCGUUUCCGUUUCCGGGUGACUACUGGGGCAACCAUGAUUGGAGGAGAGGUGACUCACGUGACCCUGACGCGAAGAAGGCGUACGAAGCUCUACUUCGUAUCUCUUUAUUCCAGCCCACGUCGGAAUACUGGACAAAUUUCACACAGCUCGUAAUUCAGAAAGCUGACGAGACGUACAAUUUCGACUUCAAAGGCGAAAACGUGAAUUUUUUCAUUGGCGCGUUCCAUGACGCCGUGGUCAGAUACGGUUACGCGGUGAAAGAGGGCCUAGAACGCGGAAUCCACUACACGGACGGCUACAAAGUGUCACAACUCAUGUGGAACAAAACAUUCACUGGAGUUACCGGUGAAUACAGAAUUAACGACAACGGCGAUCGCGAAACCAACUUUGCCAUUUUAGACAUGGAUCCGGAGACGGGCGAUUUUCAGGCGGUUGCUUAUUUCUCAGGGGAGGGGUCUGACGGCUAUGUGCCGGACCUGGCGCGCUCGAUCCACUGGGCCGGCAGAAGACUGGAACCGCCGCUGAAUGUUCCGAUCUGUGGUUACCUGGGAAACCUUUCUGUUUGUGAAAACAACGAUCUGCCUAUGUACGCGAAAGUCCUACUAAGUCUCCUGGCAAUAAUCACGGUAGCUAUUAUAUCCGGGAUUAUAUUUUAUCGGAAAGUGUUUCGUCGCUGUAAAUGGGAAAAAGAGCUCGCCGACAUGUCAUGGAGAGUGAAGCUUUCUGAUCUGAACUUUCAAAGUAACGCCAUGGGAAGUCGGGUCAGCAAGUUAUCAUGCGGCUGGCUAAAUGAUGAUCAGAUGUCAAAAAGCGCAUCCUCCUGCAACACGCAGGUUGUAGCCACUGACUUACAGGGCGUGAACCAGAAUUUCACUAAAAUGGCUACCUACAAGGGAAUUGUCGUAGCAGUGAAGCACAUUGGCCAGGAUAAAGUACUUCUAACUCGGGAGAUACUGAUGGAGUUGAAAUUGAUGCAGCAUGUUCACCACGAGAACAUGACCCAGUUUAUUGGAGCGGUGAUUGAAUUAAAGAACAACUUCAUCAUCACCGAAUACUGCAGCAAGGGCAGUUUACAGGAUGUUCUACAGAACGAUUCUAUAAAACUGGACUGGAUGUUUAGACUGUCCUUACUGCGAGACAUCGUCAGGGCAAUGACCUUUCUUCACCAGUCUCCUAUCAAAGUUCAUGGACGUCUGAGGUCAACAAACUGCCUCGUAGACCGGAAGUUUGUGCUCAAGAUAUCUGGGUUUGGACUUCCAACUCUAUGUAAACGGUCGCCAAACGAAGAAGCUAACACGCAUGCGUAUUUUGAAAAGUUGCUAUGGGUUGCGCCGGAACUACUUCAAGUCCCUCAGCAUGCUCGAACGCAGAAAGGCGAUGUCUACAGUUUCGGAAUUAUUCUUGAAGAAGUCAUCCACAGAGCUCUACCGUACGACAAGCUCAGAUCAGAACUGGGGCCCAAGGAAAUAAUUGGACUGGUAGGCAGUCACUUGGAUCCACCGUUUCGACCAAAGCUAGAUGCCUACCAGGGUACCGUACCACUCGGCGUGUACAGUCUAAUGUACCGAUGUUGGGCGGAAUUGCCCGAUGACAGACCGACUUUCACUACCAUCGGUAAAACCAUCGGAAAGCUACAGGGGCAAGUAAUGGGUUUAGUGUUUACUAUUACUUUACUUUUUAAUAAACGUUGUGAAUUAUAUCUUCUGGGGAAUGAAUACUUGAAUAGGAACAAAGAAGUGAACCUUGUGGAAGCACUGAUUCGACGUCUGGAAGAAUAUUCCUCUAAUUUAGAAGACACUGUCGAGGAGCGAACGCAGCAACUAUUGAUUGAGAAGAAAAAAUCAGAAACUCUUCUAUACCAAAUAAUUCCAGUGUCAGUGGCGAAUCAGCUGAAACAAGGGAAGCACGUGGUGCCGGAGAUGUUCGACAAUGUAACAGUCUAUUUCAGCGAUAUCGUCGGCUUCACCAAGAUGUCAUCGGAGAGUACGCCAGUGGAGGUAGUGGAGUUUCUGAACGACCUGUACACCCUGUUUGAUGGCGUCAUUGGGCACUAUGACGUAUACAAGGUGGAGACAAUCGGUGACGCCUACAUGUGUGUUUCCGGCCUGCCAAUCAAAACCGAUAACCAUGCUGUGGAGAUCUGCCGCAUGGCUCUGGCGUUGCUACAAGGAGUGAAACAGUUCAAGAUCAGACACAGGCCACACGACCAACUACGAGUUCGUAUCGGCGUCCAUUCAGGUCCCUGCGCUGCCGGCGUCGUUGGGCUGAAGAUGCCGCGCUACUGUCUGUUUGGUGACACCGUCAACACGUCGUCCAGGAUGGAGUCCAAUGGGGAAGCUCUAAAGAUCCAUAUUAGCCAAACGACAAAAUACUUUGUUGAUGACCAGUUUGAUACAGAAUUACGUGGUAAAAUCGAAAUGAAAGGAAAAGGAGAACAGAUGACUUACUGGUUGAUUGGAGAACGAAGCAAAAAAGAGGAGUGAUUUGUGAUUUAACUUCCACGUUAGGAAAUGAGGAACUUAUAGUUCGUUUAUGAAGUCCAGUAUUUCUUCCAUAGAUAUAGAAUUGAAUAUAUUUAGAAGGAAACAAUUUUCUCUUUCAGUUUUGUUUUAUUACGCUAUAAUGUCAUUAUAUGUAGAAUCUGAACAACCAUACUGUCACUAUAAUUAAAAAUCGCAUCUGUAAACAUAACAGAGUCAAAUGGAAUCUUUGUUGAAACGAUUUUGACUUCUAACAUAAAACGUUGUCAUGUGCUUUAAGUAUAGGAGGGCUGCCACGCUAGAGACUGGUUAUUCAAAUUAAAAACUACACAAAUCAUUAUUACGUGCAAAUACGUAUAGACAGUUGUAUAUCAACAUAGGGUAUAGCACAUGUAAAUGUUUUAUUACAUCGUCCAAUUUUACACCAACCUCAAUACAAAUCCACUGUUCUUCACGCGGGACGUACUCAAAAUUAACAUGAAUAUAGGUAUGUGUCAAAGAUUUCUCCAUCCUCUUUAUUGAUACACAUAAUUUGUCACUUUCUUUUUAUCAAUCAAGCAGAAUAAAUACGGAUUCAUUAAUGUCAUUUAAUUUUUAAUUAUUGUUUUUUAUAAAGAAAUUUACAAAACGUUUUUACAGUUUGUAUUGAGUUUGAUGUUAUAUUUUAAAAAGAAAUUGGACAAUAUAAUAAGAAAGUUGGUGUCAUGUUUUUAAAGAAAACAAUGGACAAUAAGAAAUUGUACUGAAUAUGGUGUCAUGUUUUGAAAACGAAAUUGGACGAUAUAAUAAGAAAUCUUAGUGAAUGUGGUGUCAGAAUAAAUACAGAUGCAUUAAUAUCAAUUAAGUUUUAAUUAUUGUCUUGAUAUUGUGUUAAUAUACAUUAUUUGAGACUUUCUGUUUAUGAAUCAAGACGGGAUAAAUACAGAUGCAGUAAUGUCAAUUAAUGGUUAAUUAUUGUCUUGUUUAUAAAGAAAUUUACAAAACGUUUUCAAGAUGAGUUUUAUGUUAUAUUUUUAGAAAGAAAUUGGAUAAUAUAAUAAGAAACUGCAGGGAAAUUUGGUGUCAUGUUUUCAAAACGGAAUUGGACAAUAUUAAAAGAAAUUAUACCGUGUUUGUUUUUAUUAGAAAUUAUUAUUAUUUACUUUUAGUCUUUUACUACUAUUAUAACAAUCAGCUAUUUUGUAGAAACAUGCAAAUUGACUAUCUGUGUUUUAAAAAAUAUACAUACAUGCAUAAUACAUACAUCUCAUACAUAUAUCCAAACAUCAACCCAUACAGUGAUACAUACAUACAUACAUACAUACAUAAUACAUACAUCUCAUGCAUAUAU